AUGACUUUAGUUCAACGAUAUGGCAAACCAGAUAUUUUUUUGACAAUGACAUGCAAUCCAAACUGGAAAGAGAUCUCAACUCAAUUGUUACCACAUGAGGAAACCCAAAAUCGACCUGACUUAAUUGCUCGAAUCUUUAGAGCAAAAUUAGAGGAUCUGAAGUAUCAACUAUUCAAACGAGAAAUAUUUGGAAAAAUCUCAGCAUAUGUUUAUGUUAUUGAGCACCAAAAAAGAGGACUUCCACAUGCCCAUUUCCUAAUUAUAUUGCGUCAAGAUUGGAAAUUAUAUGCACCAGAAUCUUUUGAUGAGAUCGUAUCUGCUGAAUUACCCGACAAAGACAACAACUUACAUCUCUAUACAGCUGUUGUUAAGCAUAUGAUGGAUGGCCCGUGUGGAGUUCUAAAUCCAACAAAUGUAUGCAUGAAAAAUAGCUGUUGCAAAAAUAAUUACCCAAAACAGUUUGUCUCAAACACUGUUGUUGGAAAUGAUUGCUUCCCAAUAUAUAAACGCUGCAACAAUGGAAGAACAGCCAAAAUCAGAGGACAUGAUUUAGAUAAUCGUUGGGUUGUUCCAUAUAACCCUUAUUUACUUGCAAUGUUUGACUGCCAUAUUAAUGUUGAGAUAUGUUCUACAAUAAAAGCUGUCAAGUAUCUCUACAAAUACAUUUAUAAAGGCCAUGAUCGUGUUGCCUUUAAUCUGGUUUCUAAACAAAGCACUCAACAGAUUGAUGAAAUUGAGUGA